CUUACUUUACUUAGAAGUAGGGUUAUCUCUCUCUCUCUUUUCUUUCUAUCUACUACUUCAGUGUUCAUCUGUACUCCACUCACCGUAUAUAUUAUAUUAUAUUAUAUACAUAUUUGUAUGUAUGUGUUUCUGUAUCCGAUUCUUCAGUGUUGUUCAUUUUCACAACAGAGACGCACGCUGAUUGACGCAUCUUCUACGAUUUGGGCUUGGGAGUAUACUCCCGACCCUUAAUCAACCUGGAUCUCCAUUUCAACUCUCUCUCUUUCUGUAUGUAUGCAUGUAUAUGUAUCUAUGUAUAGCUGUUGUGUUCGGUUGAGUGAUUAGGCCGAGUAUUUUCAUCGUUCACUGGAGGAUCUGGAGCUACAAGGAGAGUCAAGCUUUGCAGAUCCAAUGCUUUUACAGCUCAUAGUGUAGCAGGCCAUGGAGAAUUUGUCAUCCAAUGGGAAUCGUUUUCGGAGAAUACUACGUCAAUCCUUUGCAUCUAAUCUAAACUUAGAUCCGUUGCUUGAUGAAAAUUUGGAGCAGUGGCCACAUCUGAACGAACUUGUUCAAUGCUACAGAACUGACUGGGUAAAGGAUGAAAACAAAUAUGGAUGCUAUGAUAGCAUUGGGCCCAUUUCAUUUCAGAAUCAGAUAUUUGAGGGGCCUGAUACGGAUAUUGAAACAGAAAUGCAUCUUGCCAAUGCUAGGCAGACUAAGAUUGAUGAUGCUACUGAUGAUGACAUCCCCAGUACCUCGGGAAGGCAAUUUGCAGAUGCUACCUUCUCUGAUUCAUCGCAUUCAAGAGUUUCAAAGCAUCUGGGUGAGUCUCCUCUCCCUGCUUAUGAACCUGUGUUUGAUUGGGAAAAUGAGAGAUCGAUGAUAUUUGGGCAACGGAAUCCAGAAGCUCAUACGGCACAGUAUGGCAGUGGAUUGAAGAUCUCUGUGAAAGUCUUAUCCUUAUCUUUUCAAGCAGGGCUAGUUGAGCCAUUUUAUGGUACAAUUUGUUUAUACAACAGGGAGAGAAGAGAUAAAUUAUCAGAGGAUUUCAUCUUCCGUGUGUUACCAGCUGAGAUGCGGGAUGCUAGUAGUUCUUGCGAAUCUCGUGGUGUUUUCUAUUUGGAUGCUCCAUCAGCAUCAGUUUGUCUGCUGAUCCAGUUAGAGAAGCCUGCCACUGAAGAAGGUGGGGUUACUCCCUCUGUUUAUUCACGUAAAGAACAAGUUCACUUUACCGAGAGAGAAAAGCAGAAACUACAAGUGUGGUCUCGAAUCAUGCCUUAUAGAGAGUCAUUUGCCUGGGCCAUUGUUCCACUAUUCGAUAACAGCAUUGCUGCAGCUUCUGGUGGGUCAGCUUCUCCCAGUAGUCCUCUGGCUCCUAGCAUCUCUGGGUCAAGCUCCCAUGAUGGUGUUUCCAAAUCAAGUGCAAAGAUAGCAUUAGAUGGGAAGCCUGGUUACUCGAGUGGAAGCUCUGUUGUUGUCGAAAUAUCAAACUUGAACAAAGUUAAAGAAGGCUACACAGAGGACUCACUCCAGGAUCCUAAACGCAAGGUUCAUAAGCCCGUGAAAGGUGUCUUAAGGUUGGAAAUUGAAAAGCUCCAAGCUGGCCCUGUUGACUUCGAAAAUAUUUCAGAAAGUGGCAGUGUAACCAAUGAUACUGUUGACAUAGGUGACCGAUUAGCUGAUUCCCCAUUUAAUGGUGGGCCUCGUACAGGUGAUUCCAAGUGGAAUUCCCCUGAUGGAAAAGAAAUUCAACGAAAUGGAUCAAUUGCUCAAGGAAAUCUAGAUAUCAAUGCUGAUGAUUUCCAGGCUUUCGAUUUCCGCACGAUGACGAGAAAUGAGCCUUUCUUGCAGCUUUUUCAUUGCCUUUAUGUCUAUCCCUUGACUGUUAGUUUGAGUAGGAAAAAGAAUUUGUUCAUUCGGGUUGAACUCAGAAAGGAUGAUGCAGAUGUUCGCAGGCAGCCUUUAGAGGCAAUGCAUCCAAAGGAACCAGGUGUGUUGCUUCAAAAAUGGGCUCAGACCCAAGUUGCGGUUGGGGCUAGGGUGGCUUGCUACCAUGAUGAAAUUAAAGUCUCCCUCCCUGCUAUUUGGACACCAUUGCAUCACCUUUUAUUCACUUUCUAUCACAUUGACCUUCAAACAAAACUGGAAGCUCCAAAACCAGUGGUAAUUGGAUAUGCAUCGCUUCCAUUGUCCACGUAUGCUCAGUUGCGACCUGAAAUUUCUUUACCGAUUAUGAAAGAGCUGGUUCCCCAUUAUCUUCAAGAAACUGGCAAGGAGAGGCUGGAUUACUUGGAGGAUGGACAAAAUGUCUUUAGAUUGCGGUUGCGACUAUGCUCAUCAUUGUAUCCCAUUAGUGAGCGCAUUAGAGAUUUUUUUCUCGAGUAUGACAGACACACUCUUCGCACAAGCCCUCCUUGGGGGUCUGAACUUCUAGAGGCUAUCAACAGUUUGAAGAAUGUUGAUUCCACUGCUUUGCUUCAGUUUCUUCAACCAAUCUUGAAUAUGCUUCUCCACCUUAUAG